AUGACUGGGGUAUGAAUUUAAAGAAUUAUCUUUCCGCGAAAUGCAAAAUUAUCUCUGGAUCUCUAAAGUUCACUCAUAUUUUUUUUUCUCUUACGGCCGUUUUGGGUUUCGCGGAAUCAAUUUAAACACGACAUUAAGCAGGUACUGUUAAUCUUUUAAUUUUUCAGAAGCUAUACGGCAACAAGGACAACUUUAGAACCCAAAAGGUUCUCAUCGCUGCCAAGCUCGGAAAAACUACUGUUUCAUUGGCGGGAGAUGUUCCACCUGCUGAUAAGUUCCCUCUUGGCGUGGUAUAUUAAAUAUUAUAAAAAAUGUAUUUUUUUUUUUCCGCAGACUCCAGCCUACGACGGAGACGUUCGUCUUUUUGGCGCGGAAUCUAUCGCUUUGCAUGUCUCGGGUUCGAAUGACUCUAAGACGCUUCCCGAAAUAGUUCAAUGGUUGCAAUUCGCCGAAGGAACUUUGCUUCCAACAGUUCUCGGUUUUGUGCUGCCCUCGGUAUCUGCGGCUAGCCUUGACAAAAAGGUAUGACGACCUUGCCUAAAUCUUGAAUCCUUAAACUUUGUGUAAAUUAGAUUCUCAGGUUGUGGAAACCUACCAUAAAGAGCUGAAAGCGCAGCUCAGCCUUUUGGAUAAAGUCUUGCUAACGAAAACCUUUCUCGUUGGUGAACGACUGAGUUUGGCAGAUGUGUGUGUCGCACUCGACCUUCUUCCUGCUUUUCAGGUUUUUUUUUUAAAUUUUUUCUUUCUCUAUCAAUUUUACGCGUUUCAGCAUGUUCUUGACAACGUCGCACGUAAAGCUUUUGCCAACGUCACGCGUUGGUUCAAGACUGUUAUCAACCAAACUGCCGUGAAGGAAGUUCUCGGAGAGGUGUCUUACGCUUCGUCCGUCUCACAAUUUGAUCGUUCGUUUUUUUUUUUUCAAAUUUAUUGCUCAGCAUGAAUCUAAAAAAAACUUGCCGUGUUCAAAGAGAAUUUGAUGAUUUCAAAAUUGACACGUUAUUUGUUAAAAUUGAUAUCGGAAGCCGUGAAAAAAAUUGAGUCUUACACACCACAUCUAUUCAGUCCGUUCGGUUUGACUCACUGUCUGUUAAAAUUGUGCCAAUAGCGGUUUUUGGGCGAUAUCAUUGUUAAUAACGAGUUUUUUGUACGAAAAAAUGAACAGAUUCGAAGAAAAACACAAUUAAAACAUUUAGAUUUAUGAGUUAAGAUUUUGCAAAAUCAGCAAGUCUUAAAAAAUGGCCUAAAUCGAGAAACCCGUAUAUAGUAAGUAGAAAAUUCACUGUAAUUCUUUAUCUAAUAAUAUCGAAAAAAGAGUCGUGUUCAUUUCAUUAAAUAGAAUAUGGGGUCAAAAAAUGGUGUAGUUUGGCCAACGCAGCUCAAACCGGGCGGGGUCUGAACUGGUGUGACACGCCUGUUUAGAGGCCGUAUGCAAUAAAGAGGAUAAAGGGGAAGUUUUUAAAAAAUCAACGAAGUGCUGUUUUUUCAUCAUUUCCUUUUCUUUUUUUCAAGAGCUCAAGCCAGCGGUUUUACCCGUUGUGAAAAGUCAACAUAUCGUUGUAGGACAUAUAUUUUCUAACGGCUUUCGAUAUUUUGAGUUCGCGAAAUGAUUGUAAAAGAGUUUUACAUUUAUUUUGAAGUUGUCUAUAUAACUGAAAACGACAUCAAAGGUGUGUAAUGAAAAUUCGAUAUGUCCCCAUUGCGAAGUCAGCAGGUUACUUAUUUCUAGUAACAGGCGUUACAGUGAUGGAAAAGUAGUUUUAUCGUUGAUGACCUUGAAAAGAGCAGUCUUUGUUCUUUUUUCUGUCAUUUCGAUAAAAAGUGGCUGAGAGUUGGUGAUACUAUUCCGCGCUUCUAAUAAUUUUAUAUUAUUAAUGGUUUUAUGAGUAUUACCUUAGAAUUGCCACAAACAUCUUUCAAACAAUCAUGCCAAUGAUUUUGCAGAACAGAAGUACGAGCAGUUGUCUUCCAAAUUCGCCAAAAACGCCAAAAAAUCGGAGAAGAAAGAUCAACCUAAAAAGGAAGCGGAGAAGAAAGAUCAACCCAAAAAAGAAGCGAAGCCAGAAGCUGAUGAUGGUGGCGAUGACGAGCCUACCGAAAAAUCUUCAAAAGACCCCUUCGCUGACAUGCCAAAAGGAACUUUCAACUUCGACAACUUCAAGAGAGUUUACUCGAACGAAGACACCGUAACCAAAGCAAUCCCUUACUUCUGGGACAACUUUGACGCGGAAAACAAUUCAAUCUGGAAAUGCGAGUACAAAUAUCCCGAAGAGCUCACACUUUCGUUCAUGAGCUGCAAUCUCAUCUCAGGUAAACUUUUUGCUACUUGAUCUGUUCCAUAUUUGUUUUUUUCAGGAAUGUAUCAGCGUCUUGAGAAACUGAAGAAGAAUGCCUUUGGCUCUAUGAUUUUGUUCGGAACAGACAACAACUCGUCAAUUUCUGGUAUCUGGGUGUGGAAAGGACAAGAUUUGGCGUUUGAGCUUUCUCCAGAUUGGCAGGUUUGCUUUUUUUUUUUAUUCGGACAGAAUAUACUAAAAACGCGAGAAGAUGUCAUUUGCUUGAAUACUUAUUUUUGCAAAGUUACGCUUCUCGGAAACCAUUGCCACUUCUCGUUAGAUGUUGUUUUUUUUGACUACAUCUUCUAAAAUGAUGGCAACAAUUUUCAGGUCGAUUACGAGUCUUACACAUGGACGAAGCUUGAUCCUAAAGACGCGAAAACUCAAGACGAAGUGAAGGAAUAUUUCACAUGGGAAGGAAAUUUCGGUGGUAAAAAGUUCAAUCAAGGAAAAAUUUUCAAGUAA